AUGGCACAAGGUGGAAUCCAGUUAUCUCUUGAGAUAGAGGGUGCUACAGCAUGUCAGUUGCUGCAUUAUUUUACCAGACUCUCCCCUGAUCAGCAGAAGGAAUUGCUGAAACCCAGGGCAUUUAAUAAGUGGCUCUAUAAUUCUCUGGAUAUUCAGAAGGCAAGCACGGCACGUGUAUUAGCGGUAAUCCGGCAUGAUACCUUCCGAUAUAUUAUAUUAGAUUUAUGUGAAACAGACUAUGGCAAGAAAUUCUUUACCUGGUCUCUUCUUGAACGGAUUGUAAAUUCUAAACUGGACCAUAUAUGGGUUCGCGAGAUUAAGAAAUUUCUCAACUUCGGCCAUACUAUUUUCCAACAUCAUAUUAAUGAUAUUGUAUCUGAUGACUGGGUUAAGAUACUAGAACUCAAGCCAGAAGACUGGAAUAGUUAA